AUGAGUGCUCCCAAGGGCCAACAGCUGGGAAGCUCACAGCAAAAUCAAGAUCUUAUAAAUGCGGUAAUCUCGGUGCUGGGCACCCCCGAACAACCUACCACUGUGGCCAGCGUUCACUCCAACGAGCGCAACCUGGCAACAGAGGUACAGGCUUAUGCCAAAAUCGCCGGACGUGACUGGACUUUGUACGUCAAGCACCUGGUACUAACUAUUGGGCGAAAUACGGACCCACAAGAUCAGACCGUUGACAUAGAUCUGGGACCUGCAAAAGUUGUAUCGCGUAAACACGCAACAAUCAAAUACAAUCUGAGUGGUGGAUUUUGGGAGCUGCAGGUCCAAGGCCGGAAUGGUGCAAAAGUCGAUUUCAAACGUGUUGGCGCCGGACCGCAGGCCGAUCCAGUGCAACUGCAGUCCGGAUCGAUCUUGGACAUUGGUGGAACUCAAAUGAUGUUUAUCUUACCCGACCGAGGACCUUUCGUCGAACAAUCGGUGUUAGAUCACCUUACUCCAAAACUCAAUGCUAUGUAUGGCGCUACCACAACCAAUCCACUGCUUCAAGAUCUCCUGAAAGACGUUUCGCAGCCUAAGAAUGCUGUAAAAGCUUUCCGCAUGUACAACACUUACGAAAAUCCGUACGGCACAAACUCUACGGGAAGCUCAUAUAACUCGCCUCAAAUAGGCGCCGGUUAUGGUUCCAUCAUGGACCCUAGCUUUUCUGGGGCCAACGACAUGGCGUCAGACCUAUCACGAGAAGAAAACAAGAAUGUCAAGCCUCCAUUUUCGUAUGCUACAAUGAUUACACAAGCUAUCUUGUCGAACGCUGAAGGAGUUUUGUCACUGGCAGACAUCUACAAGUACAUCUCUUCAAACUUUGCGUACUAUCGCUACGCAAAGACUGGCUGGCAAAAUUCUAUUAGACAUAAUUUAUCUUUGAACAAAGCGUUUGAGAAAGUUCCUAGAAAGCCAAAUGAACCGGGAAAAGGUAUGAAAUGGCGAAUCAGUAAAGAUUACCAGAAAGACUUUAUGGAUAAAUGGCAAUCUGGCAAAAUCUCAAAAGUGAGAAGAGGCUCGUCAGUCGCAAGACAAUUACAGUUGCACAUGACUAAAUUCAAUACUUUGCCUCUCCAGGGCUCGUCCGGCGGGACUGGCAAUCAUACCAUUUCAAAUAAUCAGCCUGUCCAGGUUUCUGAUCCAUCGCAAGACCUACAACAACGGCAUGAUGAUACCUCGCUGCUAGCUCAGGAAGAUUCAAACUCUGGAAAUAACAAUCUAGAACAAUUAGGAAAACAGGGCGGGCGGCAGAUAGGAAUUCCAGAGCACAAAGAAGAGCAGGAUCAGCACGGACACCAACAGUUGAGGCCAGAACAUGAGCGACCUGCUCCACAUCUUCACAAGCAGCCCCAGGAUCACCUACAACAUCAACCUACUGCAUCUGCGCAGCUUUACAAGUCCUUACAUCCCCCGACCACACUACCACCAGCAUCCUCACUGUCACCGCUGGCACCUCAAAGGCCCUCCUCGCCACAAAUGCAGCCGCCACUGAAUAUACCUGUUAGACAAUCUUCCUCCACAUUUCCAACACUGCCGCGUCCUACAACGCGUCCAACGACUUCCCAUAUGCAAAUGGGUAGCAGUCUGCCCGGUUCGGCUACACGACUAUCUCCUGGCCAGGAUUCCCUUUUGAGGUCGCCUACGCGUCCUUUCCACAUUACGGCAAUGGAGGCAUAUACUCCGGAGCGAGGCAGUGGGCAAGCUAAUCGCUCACCAAAUGGAACAAACUCACAGCAAUUGAACAUUGACACCAGAGCCUCUACUCGACAACCGCCCCAAACGGCCCAAAGCUCACCAGGAGUUUGGAAUUUAUUACAAUUCAGCUCUGUGAAUAAUACGCCUGCUGGAUUUCGAGCAUUAGAAGAAGCUGCUCAAUCUAACAGUUUAAAUGAGGGUCCCAGGAUCUUGCAGCCUGGACUUCAAACGGGGAGAAUUUCACAAGAUAUGAACGGUAAACUUCCAACUCUACACAUCAAUGGCAACCCCGCUGCUCCUGAUAAACUCAAGAGCCGAGAUGAUCGUUCGGAAUUUGUAUCUUCGCCUAUUAAGAACCAUAACAGGGAUGGAUCGAAAGGAGUUAAAGACCUCAUGCUUGAUAUAGAGGGUGCAAAGGUCAGUGUAGUCAAGGACCGCUGA